GUUUCGGAGAUCUGAUACGUGCUCAUCCUUAAUACGAACAUGAUCAUCUAACAAAACAUAUAGAAUGUAAAUUCGAUCCGUGCUAAUCUAGCUACCUCUAAGAUAGAAAGUUUCUUUCUUUAUGCGUAUUACAAUUUUUAUUUUUACCUCUAACACAAACCUUUCUUAUACAAAGUUACCUUUUUAUGCCUUUAUGCGUUUAACAAUUUUUUUUUAAUUAAUGAUCAAAAAAGAAAUUGGCCUAUACAGGUUUCGAACCUGUGACCUUCGCGUUAUUAGCACGACGCUCUAACCAACUGAGUUAAUAGGCCAUUUUGUUCAGAGUAUAUCGUAAACAUUUAAGAACAAUAAGUAAUUCUUUGUAAUAUUUAUUCCAUCUUCUUGUUUUUUUUUUUUUGAAAAAGGGCUUUCUAUUUAGAUUAAAAAUUAUAAGAUACAAGGCCCAACAAGCAGUGUUUAGAGUUUUAGUUUUUUCUUUUAAAACCCAAUGAGAAACCCAUAACAAAAUAGGCCCAAAAGAAACCCAAGAAUAAAGCUUUCAGUUUGGAAACAUUGACAUCAACGACGAUUGAAAUUUCUUAGAAGCAUUCCAGAGCACAAACAUGUCCGACGCCAAUCUCCCCGAGGUAUCACGAAUCGAGGCGAUUCUGUUCUUGAUAGUAGCUUUGAUGGUGGUGAGAAGAGAGUCUGUUGAACGGUAGUUGUUUCGAUGGAGCCGAGAAUUGCGUUCUGACCACAAGCUGUAGAUCACACUUUGCCAAGAGAGGAGGAUUAGAGUUUUCCGCGCUCGCGAUCCAUGGUGCUGCUGCAUGUCCUGAAGAGUACUCCACAAUGGUGCUAUUCCAUCUUCUUGUUUCAACUGAAAUUUUGUUCUUUUGUAGAUUGAUAACUGUUAGUGUCUGUUGUGCAGAGGGUUUUGUAAGAAGUGAAGAAGACAAUUCGAUGGAGUGUGUAGUUCAAGGAAUCAUUGAGACUCAGCAUGUUGAAGCGCUUGAGAUCCUUCCUCAAGGUCUUUGUGGUGUUCAACGCGAACGCUUGAGAGUUCAUGAGCUAACCUUGAAAAGCCUCCCAAAUCUUGGUGUUGUACCUUCAGAAGUUAGGCUCCUAUGUGACCUUGAUCAACCAGAGCCCACAUGGACUGUUAAACAUGUUGGAGGUUCGAUGAGAGGUGCAGGAGCUGAUCAAAUAUCUGUUAUGGUAAGAACCAUGAUUCAAAGUAAAGUUAGCAAGAACGCUCUGCGUAUGUUCUACUCCCUCGGUUACAAACUAGACCACGAGCUUCUCAAAGUUGGGUUUGCAUUUCAUUUCCAAAGGAACGCACACAUAAGUGUAUCUGUGUCUUCAGUGAGUAAGAUGCCUAAGAUUCAUGCCAUAGAUGAGACUGUUCCUGUGACACCAGGGAUGCAGAUUGUUAAUGUAACAGCUUCAGCAACACCUGAGAAUUACGGCUUGUGCACUUGUCGAAACCGUUUAAAUCCAUGGGAGUUGUGCCGACAGCUGCUGCGGCUGCUGCAUCUCUUAUGUCGGAUGGAGGUGGUACUACAUUGUAAGAAGUUUGAAGCAAAAAGUUAGAUCUUUUGGUAUGAAUGUAGGAACGCAGACUACGCAGUGGCUGUGAAACUUGUGAAUCACUAGAGUUGGGUAUUUAAUGAAAGCUCUUCAAAAAAUUUACAACUUGCAUUAUGUUUUUGUCUUCACUCUCAUUAACCUUUUGGUGAUAUAUAGUGUUUUAAGUUUCUUAGUAGUA